UCAUGUUGUUGUUGACAUGCAAGAAGCCACGGCAUGGAGCGAUCAUUCAAGUCCAAGUAUAGCUUCAUUCUUCAAACGAUUUCCACUUAGGAUAUAAAGAAAUACUUUACAAGUGCACCCUUCUAGACAUUGGAAACACCCGAAGGAAGRACCGAAAUGCAAAGGCUUGGAGCUCAAAACUKUGACUACAACAACACAAAGUUUAAUACUGAAUUGAUGGAUGCAGUUAAAAAGUUGGACAGAGAAAGAGUUUACAAAAUACUGAACAAAGGUGCUGACAUAAAUGCACUCAAUGAUGAUGGAGACUCCUUACUUCAUUAUUUCAUAAAGGAUGGCAAGAUUCAAUCUGUUAAACUCUUGGUAGAAUUUGGUGCCGAUACAACCUUACAAAAUAGAGAUGGUUGGCCUCCCAUGCAUGUUGCUACCUUCCUUGGACAUAGAGACAUCAUGUUGUACUUGCUGAUGAAUGGAAGUCGUAAYUAGCUUAUAGAAGUACACAGUGCUUAAAACAUUACCUUGAGCACCAACGCUUUUACUAAGAUCACAGCAUUGAGACUGUACACAGUCUUGCUUCAUAAGAAUUAUUGACAGAAUUAUCAUAAUAUAAUUUCACAAAUCAAUAUCAACACCAAAUCAACUAGUGCAGGCAUCAAGGCAGUUGCCUUAGUCAAUGCAUCAAUGGAUAGACACACUUAUUCAUGAAACAACUAAAAUUGCUACUAAGCAUACAAUAGCAUCUAUUUUGCACUAUUCCAGUUACAUGAAUGAAGUGUGUUUACUCAAUAAAAUUGAAAAUAUCUUGAAUACAUUUCUCAUUCACAACACCAACCUUUCAUCUUUGCAAUAUGAUGAAAACAGUUUUCUUUCUAUUCUAUGAUGAACAUUGUUUCAGUUUAAUAAACUUAAUUUCACCUUUG